UGGUUAUAAUGCAGCAUUCUUUUGGUCAGGGCGCAGUCAGUAACACCUCUGUCUUCGUGUUUACGUUUUUUCGUUGUUACUAUUUGGCAGUAUAAUAGAAAUAGUAAUUGAAUUGAUCGGACUGUGUUUUAAGAUGGCUGGAGCCUAGCAAGACAGUGCUAGCCGCUUGAUUCCUACAGAGAAGUCAUGGAAGAUUGAAUGGAUCAGAAAUCACAAAACGAAUACAUAUUUGGUCUUUCGUUUAUUUGCUAUAUUUGGAUCUUGUCGAUUACACGCGGAUUUGAAGAAUCAAAAAGAAAACCCUGGUUACUUUUGGAAAGCACUCCUGCGAGCCGAUGAUAAACGACAAAGGAAACAAUUAAAGUGUGGAAAACAGGUGUGAACGAUCCUACAAAGUCCCCCACCGAAAAAGAGAAUAAGCGAGAAAUGUUGCUGCGCAGGUACUAUAUUUUCUGUCUGCGGUUCCUCGCGAAGUUUCUGGCGCAGGAGUUGACUGGUCUCCCACCAAGAGGCCUCUGUAAAGAAUCUGUCACGUGACGCAAGUUUUCCAGAAGCUCUACACAAUGCAGAACAAGACAGACAACAUCAACACCUCAUUAUUGGGCAGUGACUCGUUUAAGGGUGACGACACAUUUGGAUACAGUGAUACGACAGAAGUUUCACUCUCUGUGGAACUGCGGGAAAACGACAGGGGGAUGAAUGCUUGUACAUUGCUGAAGACUGCGAUGGAUGACACUCGGGACUGCACUCCAUGUGAACUUUAUCGAGGCUGUACAGAAUCACCCCUCCUAUCCCCUACAGGACAAACAUGCAGCUCCUCAACCGGGGACCUUACUAUUGACGACAAGCUGAUAUUCCCGUGGAUGACGGAGUCUAUGAAAAAAGGCAAGCAGAAAAGUCAUAGCUUCUGCGAUGCAUCCAUUGGUGAGAGCCGACCCGAUGGCUCAGGUGGCUGUAAAAGGACGCGCACGUCGUACACCAGCAAUCAGCUGCUGGAGCUGGAGAAAGAGUUCCACUUUAAUCACUAUCUAGGCAAACCGCGACGCCAUGAGAUGGCCAACCUACUGAAGCUUAGCGAAAGACAGAUCAAGAUAUGGUUUCAGAACCGCAGGAUGAGACAUAAAAAAGACACAAAAUUGAAAGGCCCGCCCUCUUCACCAAAUGCGUGCCUUCCAUCGUCCCUGCAAAUGGACAUUAGUUCUUCACUUAAAUCACCUACAGAGAAUUACAUGAAUCCUCCUUCCGUUAGCAAUAGCAGAAAUGAUGCAUGCUGUAUGAGCGAGAUUUCCAGAAAUUCCGAGGGUCAUUGGUCCUACGUGCAAAAACACAGACCUUCAAAUGACCAAUAUUCUGCAAGGCUAAAUGAUGGAAGUAGUUUCACCUUUAGUAGAGAAAGCUUUUAUUGUAAUGUUGAAGGUAACUGUGAGGAUUUUAUUGCGCUCUCCGAACCUCAAAUUCGCAGACUUGGUUGUCUUAGGUCUCAUAAUAUGACUGGUCAGCAGAGAGCAAGUCUGAAUCAGAGAGCAUGGCCGCUCACUUACCCCAGUGAACAGUGAAAACAAUCAUCCGCCUGAAUCUCUUUUAGGCACACAAAUGCACUUUAUUUGCAAGCACAGGCUGAACGUACUUUCAUAUUACUGCUAACAUAUACAUAAGACACACACACACACACACACACAAACACACAAACAC